CGCGGGUGGCUCAACUUGCUGAGGCGUUUUGCUUGUGCCUCUCUGGAUGCGAAUAGCCGUUAAUUGAUUGCAUCGAGAGAAACGGACCUUCUAAUUCUCCAGUACAUCCGUAACCAUUGCCCGAAUGUCGCAACAUAAGCCGGGGAAGCUAAGCCCGACGGAUCUCAAGCGAACUAUGUCACCAUUGAACCGCGAUUCUACCCCGAGACACACUAUUGGAGAUGAGGAGACUAUGGAAGUAGAGAAUAUAGCUCAUAAUCCGGAUGCCGUUACUGAUGAUUCUCAAGAUACGACGCGGUCCCCUAACCUCGGCCAUCGCGGUCAGGACGAACAUUUCCGAGCCUGGUUCAAUGUCAAUACGGGGACGCAUAACCCACACCGAACCGACCCCUACUGCGAACAGACUGGAGAUAUGAUGGAAACUUAUGACGAUGAUGAUGAGGCCAGUGCUAAUGGUCUGGUUGAGGCAAGAUUUGAGAACGUUUCCCGAUACAGGAUGUCUCACCUUAAGAGUGAUACUAGAAUAUGUGGAGGUGGUACGAUGAUUCGUUGUCUUCCUUGGAAGAUACUGAUUAUCUUCCAUCCUCCUGAGACCAGUUCUCUAGGAUUCUUCAUCCAGUGCAAUGCAGACAGUGAUUCGCAAACUUGGAGCUGUUCAGCCAAAGCCACCUUAACGCUACUGGCACAACGACCAAACUGUAAAAACAAGGAAAUGAAAAUACAGCACACUUUUACACAUAAGGAGAAUGACUGGGGAUUCCAAAGCUUCAUUUCUUAUGAAGAGCUCUUCAAUCCGGAGCGGGGUUUUAUUGGACCCAACGACGACAUCCAUCUACAGGUCCGUGUCAAAGCAGAUGCCCCUCAUGGAGCUGAUUGGGACUCUAAACGUCACACAGGGUUUGUCGGUCUAAAAAAUCAGGGUGCUACAUGUUACCUGAAUUCACUCUUACAAGCCCUGUAUUGCACAAACAAACUUCGUCGCGCCGUAUUCCUCAUGCCCACAGAGAGUGAUGACGCUCAGACCAGCGUCCCUUUGGCUUUGCAACGGGUGUUCUACGAACUCCAGUUCAGCGACCGAGCUGUCGGUACAAAGAAACUAACACGAAGUUUUGGAUGGGCAACUCUGGAUUCUUUCAUGCAACAUGAUGCUCAAGAACUUUGUCGGGUACUAUUGGACAACCUGGAGAACAAAAUGAAAGGAACCUCUGUUGAAGAUGUUAUCCCAAAUCUCUUCUGCGGCAAAAUGCUCUCAUAUAUUCGGUGCUUGAACGUUCGGUAUGAAUCGAAACGCGAGGAGAACUUCUAUGACAUUCAGCUCAAAGUCAAUGGGAAUCGGACUAUUUAUGAUGCAUUCACGGAGUACGUCGCUAAAGAGACACUGACACAGGACAACAAAUACGAUGCCGGUGAAUAUGGGCUUCAGGAAGCUGAGAAAGGUGUCACGUUUAUUCGUUUUCCACCCGUCCUCUACUUGCAAUUGAUGCGCUUCCAAUAUGACUUUGUAGCGGACACAAAUGUGAAAAUCAACGACCGAUUUGAGUUUGUCUACAACCUAGAGCUCGACAAGUUUUUGUUGCAUCCAGACCCUAAUUCACCCGCAAACUACUUUCUGCACGCCGUGCUCGUGCACUCUGGUGACAACCAUGGUGGUCAUUACGUCGUUUACAUCAAUCCAGCAGGUAACGGCAUCUGGUAUCAGUUUGAUGAUGAUGUCGUGUCGCGUUGUUCCGCUCACGACGCUAUCUACAUGAAUUUCGGCGGAACCGAAGACCCCGAGAUGCGUCCGUGCACCAACGCAUACAUGUUGGUGUACAUUGCCGAAUCAGCACGUGAUGAUGUCCUUUGCUCCGUUUCCAUGAACGACAUUCCAGAAAGUCUUCGAGAACGCUUCCUAGAGGAACAAAACUUGGAAGAGGCGAAGCGGCUGGAUAAAGAACGCGGUCAUUUAUAUAUGGUCAUUUAUCUCUUGUUGGAAGAAGAUUUCUACGGUUGGCAGGGGCCAGAGUUAUGCAAUCCAGAAAUGCUACCCAGUCGAAUGCUCCGAGUGCCCAAACAGACGUCACGUGGUCUAUUGGUAGAAGCAGUUGCUAAGUCACUAAACCAUCCUGCGGAUUCUAUCCGACUAUGGCACUUCCGUCCACGGCGCAAAAAUGUACCCAUCCAGCUCCUGGAACUAAGUGAUACUCCUUUACAGUAUACACCCAAGGAUGUGCAUAUCUUCUUUGUACAAUGCUGUCCAACUCCCCUGGCAAUUGCUCCUACUUCACCGAAUUUCGGUCGAAUCGGAUCGCCACCGAUCACCGAGCAGCAGGAACCAGUCGCCGAUAAGCGCCUAUUCUUUCUCAAAUACUUUGACCCAAUCUCUUGGUCUAUGACAUUUUGCGGCCAUGUGGAGUUGGCUGCCGACGACGUAUUUAUGUCAUUGGAGCCGGUUCUGCGUGAACGCGCUGGACUACCCGCGAAUGCUCCUCUCAUUCUAUACCAAGAUGAUCCAAAGACAACCGUUUCCGAAAUAAGUCUCCUUCGGACACCAAUUUCUAAACUGUACAAACGCGAACUACAGGGACAACUUAUUUACUUUCAGGUAAAACAACCACACCUUUCGAUGCCUACAUCAGUUACCGCGGACAGCUCGCCAGAAGUUGGAAAGGACGCCCUGAGCAAUCUAGUUGAUGAAUCUUCUGUGAAAAGCGUUUCCACUACAAGCACCGAGGCCUCUACUCGUCCCACUCAACCUUUAGAGACGGUCAACGGGAUUCCCGUGUCACGUCGAUCUCUAACUGAUCAUGUCGUUCCAGAGUCGGGAAAACCAACACCAACCACUGUCGACCCGACCGUUUUGCAUCGUCUGGCUGCGAUGCCGAAUUCAAUGAUGAGUUCAAAACUGACGCAAUCUAACGUGACCACUGGUGCAGUCGGUGGAAUUCAGACCAACCUCCCACCACUUGUCACUCAUGCGCACUCAUUCGUUCCGGGCGACCCGCAAUCGAUCUACAACUAUGUUGCCAGUUAUCUUCACCAGGUGGAUAUUUUGCUCGUGGACAAGCUUCGUCCAACAGAUCCGGGUAUCUUGCUUCGCGUUGCUGCCGACCUGACGUAUUGGGAUUUCGCCAAUUUCGCUGCUGCUCAUCUUUCCACUACAAGUGAUCGGCUCCAGUUUUUCCGGUCUCAGCAAAUUCUCGGAGGAACGACGAAUGCUCUGACGGCACCCAUUUCCGUCUCGCCUCUAGGCACGUCAGCAUCUGAUCUGAAUGCCUCCCCGGUUGGGUCCGAUUUAGCCUCUGGUGUGCCCACUGCAAAUACGGCAGCGUCUCAAGAAAACAUAGCUUCAGGAGCUUCUGCGGGAUGCUUUGGUUUGAGUCGAGAAUCACUCCAGGAGAUGGCGGCGCGUGCUUCAGGGUUUUCGAAUUGUUCGCCAUAUAUGAGCAGCCUGCUUGCCGCGGCAGCUGGACAAGGACUUACUCACGAACCUCCAGGAGCUGCUAUUCCCUCAACGCAUCAAGGAUCAAUGAGAGAUUUUCUCGUUCCUUUUUCUGUCAGCCCAGCAAAUAGCGUCUGGUACUCAGAACCAACAGGACUUGGUUCUGGUAUUGGAACUGGAGCCGCGAACACUACUGCAUCCGCCAACUCGAUUCCGGAUCGUUUUCCCGUUCCUCUGAAUCGGUACUGUGGUGUCAAGACAGUCCAUAGGUCACCACUCGGGACGAUGACCUUCCCGCCCCCGAGACGUAUUUACUACGCCCAUCUAGCCAUACGGAUCGAUGAACUUGAGACUAUGAGACAGGUUCGCGUAGUUUUUGUGGGGCCAAAGCUUUCCAUCAAGGCGGAACUAUUGCUGUCGGUUCCACAGAACGGUCUUGUGUCGGACCUCCUAAAAGAGGCUAGCCGUCAUCUCUCACUUCCUUCAGACGGGUCUGGCCAACUGCGCCUUUUGGAGAUAUCGGGCAAUCGUAUCAUCCAGGAAUUUUCUCCCAACUUGAAACUCUCUUCCAUAUCACAGUCCACACUUUUACCACAGACCUGUGUCUCCAAUCCCCCCGUCCACAGCCUUCGCAUUGAAGAAGUGCCCAUAGAUGAGGUUAAUUUGAAACCAGACGAGACCAUUGUCUAUGUUUCCCACUUCGACAAAGAUCUACAUGUUGCAUUUGGCAUACCCUUUACCGUUAGAAUUCGUGAUGGAGAGCAUUAUAGUGCCGUCCGCGAACGUAUACGCCGCCGCCUUGAGGUUCCAGAAAAGGAGUUUGAACGAUGGCGCUUUGCUGUCAUGUUUCCUACCGAAGCCACCUACAUUCCGAAUGAUGAGGAUCCUAUAGUUCGAACAAAGGUUUUCACUCACCCUUGUGCCCCCGAAUACAAACCGUGGUUAGGUGUGGAGCAUAAACCAUCGAAACGUCCACGCUACGCUCCGAACGAAAAACCGAUCAAAAUUCACAAUUGAUUUAUCCAUUCGUCCGGUAAUCACUCUUACCUGAAAGAACGCUGAGCUACCCUGUUCACUUCUGCAUCAUUUAGCCCCAACUCCCCUUAGGCUACCUCCAGCAAAUGCCGAUGAGAGUGAUGAAAGUAUCACCUUCGUUGCUGUUCUAGCUACCCUAAUUUUUUCUCCGGGUUAAUAAAUCAGAUUCGAAAAUGGAAUCUAGCUGUGGUCUGUCUCUGUCAAUCCAGCGCCUGGCUGUUUAUUUUCCUAUUUCUGCUGGAAACUUCUUGUAUACGCUUACUCGACUAGGUCGAUUGGUUUUGUUCCUAUUCGGCGCUAUCCACCUGUUCCGCCAAUUUGCAGAACGGAUCCACGGUAGUUCACUUGUUCUCUCUCCAUACGAGCAACCGGAGUAGCCUACGAACCCGUUGUGACCCGAACAGGCUAAUUCGAACGCAUAUGCUGUCACCCCAUUCUACCCACUCUAUUUGUGGACAUAAAUUGCUUCUCCAUCUGGCAUGACCGUUGCUUUGAUUUGGCCUGAAUGAACCCCCAUUUUCUUGUUAUUUUCCCCAUCGCCCCCCACUUCUUUCUACUGUUAGAUGAGUGGAUGGAUAUAACCGGGAAGCAACUGCCAUUGUUCUCUUCCGUUUUCUUCCACUGUGGCCCUAUCGUUUGAUCCAUAAGGAAACCACGAAAUGACGUGCACCGUUUGUUCCAUACAUACACCCCCACACAAAUGUGAGAGUACAUUCGUGUUCGUCUGUUUAUGUCGCUCCACUUGUGAGUGAGCUAACACGUCUAUUCUCCUUCACUACACAGUCCUGCUUGUAUCCUUUUAUGAAGUCCAAGUAAACCCAUCUUCGGAUGUGGAGUACUGCUAAACACUGACAUGUUUCCUAUGUGGAACGAAAUUCCUU